AUGAGUUCAGUUCCUGAAGCUUCGGAAAGAUCUGCUAUGGUUACAUCACCGGACUUCACAGCAUUGGGAGCUCAGUUAAGUGAGGUACUUGGCAAGUUCAAUGAAUUAAGUGCUGAAAUAGCCGCACAGAAGCGUGUAAUUGAUCAGUUGGUCGCAAGCAACAAUGGUGGUGGUGUCCCAAACGACCAAGAACCUAUCGAUAAUCACCCACCUGCACAAGACUAUCAACCACCCCACACAUCCAAUACCCAAACACCUUUCUUUCCUCCUUUCGCUAACCCCGUUGAAAAUACCUUUGCCCGAUUAAACUCAGACUUUUCCUAUAUGCAUCCGAAUUAUGUAUUGGUGAACCCAACCAGUAGUCAAAUCCCUCAAACUCAUCCACAAACCAAUCUGAACAUUCCUCCCAAUCCUCAGGGACCGCACCACCACAUUCCGGAGCCUUUUGUAAUGGAUACGGCAUCUCAAGGGAAGGCGGCAAUAGAAGAACAACAUACACCCGUUGAUAAAGACCUGUUAAGAAGGUUGGAUCGAUUCGAUGAUUUUAUGAGAAAGAAUCAAGGAUUGAGCAGGCAUGGUGGGUUAGAUUACGAUGAAUUGUGUCUUUUCCCGGAUAUUCAGCUACCAUUGGGAUUCAAAACCCCUAAAUUCAGCAAGUAUGAUGGAACUGGAAAUCCAAAGACGCACCUCAAGAUGUUUGCCAACAAGUUAGGUAAACCUGUGGAUGAUGAGAAUUUGCCUAUGCGUCUAUUUCCGGAAAGCUUGGAGGGAGAUGCUCUAGAUUGGUAUUCAAAUUUGAAGUCUGGAGAAGUCAAGACCUGGUUGGAUCUAUCAACUGCUUUUGUGAAGCAGUAUGAAUUUAACUGUGAGUUGGCACCAACACGAACCACACUGGAGGCUACGAAAAGAAAGCCGUCAGAAGAUCACAAGACCUACGCAAAACGGUGGAGAAAGUUAGCUGCCAAAGUGGAGCCUCCUAUGACUGAGGAGGAGAUUGUUCGUACUUUCAUCAAGGCUCACGAUCCACCCUAUUUUGAAGAGAUCUUCCGCAUGACUGGAAGUCCAUUUGCUGCUAUCAUUAACAAAUUGGAGGAGUAUGAUGAAUUUGUCAAAGCAGGGAAAAUUGUUAAUGUGUCUGCAUUAAAGUUGCAAUUGGAUGCUCUACAGAAUCAAAACAACAAUGGGAAAAGGCCCCAAUUCAAGAAAAAAGAAAGUGAUACUGCUUUUAUAUGGGAUCAAGGCCCGUCUUUCAGACCCAGAAACCAUCCCACCUAUUCUUUUCCUUACCCGUAUUACACCAAUCCUCAACCAGUCUACCACACCACUACCCAAUUCCAUCAUUCCCGGCCAAAUCAUUUGAAUACCUCGCCCUUACCUCCAACUCCACAACCUGUUUUUCAAAAUCACUCUCGUCCCAUUUACCAUUCCAGACCAACCCUGCAAAACAAUAACCCUUCUCAAAAUCCUUUGCAAACCAGUGGAAUUCAAACUCAGAGGCAAUUUCGAACCUUCACCAAUUUGGGCCGACCUAUUGAUCAGUUGUAUGAGCAAUUAAAAGCAGUUGGAAAAAUUGGCACUGUUCCUCCCAAAAUCUAUCCUAGAGGUCCUCCUGCCGGUUAUGAUCCGCAUGUAAUCUGUGCUUAUCAUUCUGGAAGUCCAGGUCAUACCACUGGCAAUUGUUGGGCUUUAAAACAUAAAAUUCAGGACAUGAUUGACUCUGGAGACAUCCUUCUCAGAAGAAAGGGAGAGCAGGGACCAAAUGUUAGUAAGAAUCCUCUUCCUGAGCAUGGGAGCACUGUGGGGGUUAUCAUUGCUGAUGAAGAUUUUGUCGACCCCAGUCAGUACAUUGUAGAUGAAACUGAAGUAGUUGGCGUGAUGGAGACUGACCAUGCGGAGAUGAGGAAACUACUGUCUGUUAAAGAGUCCAUAACUAAGGAUAGUGCUGAGAAAAAAUUAAAAUCUUUUGUGUUUGAGAAAGAUGAGCCGUUUAUGGUAGAAGGAGGGCCUUCCAAGGUUGACAAUUCUGUGGUUCCUUUUAUUUUGGAUCUUCCUUCUUUUGAAUGGGAUAUAUCAGAGCCUGCCAUUCUCGAAUUUCCAGAGCAAAUGCCUGUCAAUAACUUGCAAGAGGUACCAUGGAACUACGAGGAGCCCAGUCUGUUAAUUGGGGGUAAAGAUUGUUUGAAGGAAGAUAUAUCUACUAUUACUAGAUCUGGAAAAAUUGUGGGAAACUCCGAUAUUGAUGUUCAAUCCAGGGCCAAAGUUAAAUCUCCAACACCCAAGUCUCGUGUGUCUGAAAAUGAAGCUGUAGAUUUUCUGAAAAUGCUGAAAAGAAGCGAGUACAAAAUAGUGGAGCAGUUGGAUAGGACGCCUGCUCAGAUUUCCUUUAUGAAUCUUCUCCUGACUUCUGAGCUGCACAGAGAAGCAUUGCUCAAAAUUCUGAACGACGCUCAAGUCCCUAAAGAUAUUCCGGUGGAUAAAUUUUCCAACAUUGUGGGGAACGUACUUGCUGCUAAUCAUAUUAUCUUCUCCGAUGAUGAUCUGACUGCAGAAGGGAUCGGGCAUAACAGAGCUUUGUAUAUAUCAGUUCGUUGCAAUGGAAAGCUGUUGCCGAGGGUUUUAGUGGAUAAUGGGUCAGCGUUGAAUAUCUGUCCAUGGAACACUCUCACCAAGCUUGGAUUUCUUGAUAUUAAACUCCGUCCAUCUGCAACUGUGGUUCGAGGAUUUGAUGGUUCAAGGAGGGAAUCUAUGGGUGAAGCAGAUCUGGUAUUGGAGAUAGGCCCUGCUCAAUUCCAAGUUACUUGCCAAGUCAUGGACUUCUCCAGUGUUUACAACAUUUUACUUGGAAGACCUUGGAUACAUGCUUCCAAUUCAGUGCCAUCUUCUCUGCAUCAAAUGUUGAGAUUUAUUGUGAAUGAUCAGCUCAUUACUGUAUUUGCUGAGGAUGACUGCACCAUGAUCGUUGAUGCAAAAUUCAAUGAUGAAAACAGAAAAAGCACUCCAACUUCAUCUCAUCACGUUGCUGACAUCGUCUCUGUGGGAUGGGCAUCCAAGGAUAAAUCGUUGACUCAAUCAGAUUUGCCAGAGGCCAGUAUUAUGAUGGCUAGGGAGAUGAUCCGAGGCGAAUAUGAAAUAGGAAAAGGUCUUGGGCGGGAAUUACAAGGAAUUUUGGAGCCAAUAGAGAUCCUGACGCAGAAAGAUACAUUUGGACUGGGAUUUCAUCCAACUGCUAAGGAUAGGAGGGAAAUGCAAGCUCGAAGACAAGCUGAAAAGAAGGGCAAGCAAACUGCCUUAAAUAUCCCACCGCUAUAUCACACUUUUCCUCGUCCGUCAGAGGUAAUUAUGCCAGAAACGAAGAAUCCUGUGGAGGAGAUUGAAGUGGACCUGUCUCAGUUAUUUGUCGGGGCCACUUGUGGGGAGGAGCCAUCAGAAAAUGCAGAAUUUUUGCCAAUUACCGAAGGAGCUAUCCAGAAUUGGACUGCUGAUUAUCUUCCCUCUCGAAGGGAAUUUCGAUGGCCACAAAUAAAAUCCUUUGACCCUUUGGAUGUCACCAUUUUGGAAUUCGAUGGCUGCAAUCUCGAUAUCUCUCAUGAAUUUGAAAUCAUGCAAUCUGAAAUUCAAAACGAGAGCGAUACUGAGGAAGAAUUUGAGUCUAUUUCAAGGGAUUUAAAACAGUAUGAAGAGAAACCCAAACCCAACUUAGAAGAAACAGAAAUCAUCAAUAUUGGCACUAAGACGGAGGUUAAAGAAGUUAAAGUCAGCAUUCAUCUGAAUAGGAAACAAAAGGAGGAAAUGAUUGAAUUCGUAAUGUUUUUUCAAGAUGUGUUCGCAUGGUCAUACGAUGAUAUGUCAGGGAUCUCUACGGACAUAGUGGUUCACAGGUUGCCAACCAAUCCAAAUUUUUUACCUGUAAAACAGAAACCACGUAAAUUCAAACCAGAAAUGAGUCUCAAAAUAAAGGAACAAAUUGUGAAGCAGCUCAAUGCUAAGAUAAUCAUGGUGUCUCAUUAUCCCAUCUGGUUAUCGAAUCCUGUGCCAGUGCCUAAGAAAUCUGGGGAGGUGCGAGUGUGUGUUGAUUACAGAGAUCUGAAUAAGGCCAGUCCGAAAGACGAUUUUCCUUUGCCAAACAUUCAUAUUCUUUUGGACAAUACUGCUGGACACGAAAUUGAAUCUUUUGGUGAUUGUUUUGCUGGGUAUCAUCAAAUUUUGAUGGCAGAAGAAGACAGAGAGAAAACCUCUUUUAUCACCCCAUGGGGAACAUUUUGUUAUAGAGUGAUGCCUUUCGGGUUGAAAAACGCUGGAGCCACUUAUCAGAGGACCAUGACUACCCUGUUCCAUGACAUGAUUCACAAAGAGAUGGAGGUUUAUGUGGAUGAUAUCAUAAUUAAAUCCAAGAAGGUUGAGGACCAUUUGGUUGAUUUAAAGAAACUGUUUGAAAGAUUGAGGAAGUAUAAUUUGAAGUUGAACCCUGCGAAAUGUGCUUUUGGAGCUCCGGCUGCAAAACACCAUGGUAGAGGAGGUGUCAGGGACUGGCAGCGUGGAGCCUCCGACGGUAGUGUGGUGUAG